GCUGCCGGCGAUGGCAGAGGCGGCGGAGGGGGCUGCGGCCGGGCGAGCGCCCCGCUUUUUCCAGCGGCUGCCCAAAGUGGAACUCCACGCACACCUGAACGGCUCCAUCAGCGCUGCCACCAUGAAGAAGCUGAUGGCGCAGAAACCCGACCUUCGGAUUCAAAACGAAAUGCUAAUGAUUGACAAGGGGAAGAAGAGAAGUUUGGAAGAAUGUUUUCAGAUGUUCCAGAUCAUACACCAGAUUACCAGCAGACCUGAAGAUAUAUUAAUGGUAACCAAAGAUGUUAUUCAGGAAUUUGCUGCAGACGGCGUAAAGUACCUCGAAUUAAGGAGCACACCAAGGGCAGAAGAAAGCACAGGGAUGACCAAAUGGACAUAUGUGGAAGCUGUGCUUGAGGGCAUCAAGCAAUGUAAGGAGGAGGGAUUGGAUAUAGAUGUUAGGUUCCUAGUAUCCGUGGACAGAAGUCAGGGGACAGCUGCUGCCAAGGAAACUGUGAAGUUGGCAGAAGACUUUUUGCUCUCUGCCGACGGCGUGGUCGUCGGCCUGGACCUCAGCGGGAAUCCGAAAGUGGGACACGGCCAGGACUUCUUGGAGCCUCUUCUGGAAGCCAAGAAAGCUGGUUUGAAGCUGGCGUUGCAUCUUUCAGAGAUUCCCAAGCGGGAGGACGAAACUCGGCUGCUCCUGGGCCUUCCCCCGGACCGGAUCGGACACGGGACAUUUCUUCACACGUCGGAAUGGGCCGCGCAGGAUCUGGUGGAGCUCGUGAGGCAAAAUGGGACCCCUCUAGAACUCUGCCUGACGUCCAACCUGAAGGGCAAGACGGUGCCCUCCAGGAGCCAACACCAUUUCGGAUUCUGGUACCCGCUGGGUCAUCCCGUCGUCCUUGGCACGGAUGACAAGGGCGUUUUUGCCACCGAGCUGUCUCAGGAGUACCAGCUGGUGGCGGAGACCUUCCAGCUGUCCGACGAGCAAGUCUGGGCGCUCUCCGCCAAUGCCGUCGACCAUGUCUUUGCUUCCAGCCACACGAAGACAACGCUGAAGGAGCAGUGGCGGAAGCUGAAGCCAGCCCUGCUGAAGUGGGACGCAAGCCGUGGGACCCGUUGAGGGCUGUGUGGCGAGAGCCCACGGGUGGAGUUUGUCGGUCGGAUCUAUAGCCUGCCUCCCUGCAGGUUGCGCAU